GCCGGCCUGAAUGAGUGACUGUGUCCUCCGUCCUGCCCAGAGCCAUAAAUCAUGCUGACAGUCUGUGAGAAAAACAAAGCUUCUUCCUCAAGAUGCAGACAGAGAAGGACGCUCCUUCCAACGGAAAAAAGAUCUACCACAUUUUUUCACUCGUCGUCUUUGGCUUCUUAAACUCAGGUGAGGUGGGAGCCGUGAACAUGACCAUCCCUAACGCUCUGAUCAGAGGAGCGGUCGGGGGGGAGGCCCUCCUGUCGGUCCGCUACAGCAGCUUCAGCCUCGACCUGCCGGUUAUCAAGUGGCAGCUCCAGAGGGAGAAGGCGGUCACCGUGGUCCAGUCCAUCGGAACCGACAUCAUUGGGACCCUGAGGCCUGAGUAUCAAGACCGGAUUCUGGUGUUUGAGAACGGGACCCUGCUUCUCCACAACCUCAGACUGUCUGAUGACGGGACUUACGACGUGGAGAUCUCCAUCACAGACGACAUCUUUACUGGAGAGGGAAGCAUCACACUCACUGUGGACGAGCCUAUAUCCAGGCCAUACAUCCACAUGGAGGCCUCAUCCGUCCUGGAGCUCAGCGAAAACUUUGUCCUUAACUGUUCUCAUGACAACGGGACCAGAACCACAUACAAGUGGUUUAAAGGUGGGAAACCCCUGGCCAAUGAAACACGGUUCGUGCUGUCACCUGAUCAGAAGUGCCUGACCAUCAGUCGAGUGUUGAUGACUGAUGAGGAUAUCUACAGCUGCGCCGUGGAGAACCCACUGGGCAACAUGACCAGCCUGCCAAUCAGACUGGCCGUGUACAGAAGAAGCUCAGUCUACAUCAUGCUUUCCACAGGAGGAAUCUUCAUCCUCAUCACCCUGGUGACAGUGUGUGCUUGCUGGACUCCUUCUAAAAAGUCAAGACAGGAAACUAGAAAGUCCAGGAUGUAUGGUCAUUCUCGUCAUACACAGCUUAAACAGAAAGAUGAUGUGCUUCCCAAAACGAGGGAACAUAAUGGGAUAAAAGCAGUAACUUCCCUUUACGUCCUCCAACAAAAGGAACCCUCAGUGGACGACUCGUCCAGCAACAGCAUUGGGUCUCCUUCUGAACUGGACAGCCCUCCAUCCUACACAACUUUCCCCAACUACACAAACUCCCUUGUGCGGUCAGGUGGAACUCAAGCCGGCUCCUUCCCAAAGUGUGUCUGAAACUUCAUAAACUGUUCAUCAUAUCAGAUGAAGGAGCAGGUCAUUUGGUGCCUGCCUUCAUGCAAAACUUUAACUUUGAGUUUUUGUGAACUCAAUUUAAAAAAUGUGAGCAUUUUUUUUUUUUUAAAGAUCUGUUACUCAGCAUCUUGCAAAAGUAUUUGCACUGGUGGAGAUUUUUUUUUUACAUUUUGCAAUGUCGCAGUUAGAAACUUUAGGGUGUUUUAUUGAGAUUUUAUGUAACAGACCAACACAAAGACCAGUGGUGUCCAAACUUUUCGCUGAGGCGGCCAAAGCUCGCAAAUUUCAAUAAAUAAAGAGUGCCAAAAUGUGUUUAUUGUUAUGUGUUUAGAUUGACCUGCUCAAUAAUGAACAAAAUACUUAUGAAAUCUGUAUAUCAUUAAA